AUGUUGCGGCAAUUAGCUCAAACAUUGGCACAACGCCAAACUUCUCUACACUUGCAACCAGCUCGAAAUUUGCGAACUCGUUGGGAACGCGGAUAUUUGAAAGAUCUAUAUCACCGUCGGCAAUUAUUGGGAGCCGAUCCAGCGAUUGCCAGAUCUUCCCUUCCAAAUUGGUAAGUUUUUUUUUCAGUAGUAGUUUUUGUGGGCGGGAAAAGUCACCCAGAAAGAAAUGUAGCUCAACCACAACAACAAAUCGAUCGAUAUCAACAACAUCUGCUGAAUUGCAUCAUGAAACAUCUGGCUCGUCUAAAAGCACUCAUCAAUGGCCACCAAUUCAAUCACAAAUCGACACAAGUUCCGAAGAUUUCGCUAAAAAUAUGGCCGACAUGCAAAGUGUUGUUGAGGAUUUGCGCGCGAAAAUUGCGCAUAUUGAAAAAGCUGGUGGAGAAAAAGCGGUGAAAUUGCAUAGAAGUAGAGGGAAGAUGUUGGCAAGAGAGAGAAUUGAUGCAUUGAUUGAUGAAGGAUCGCCGUUUUUGGAAUUCAGUCAGUUGGCUGGAUAUAAGGUGAAUUUUUGGAGCGGGGAGGGAUUUCAAGUUCAAAUUCUCUUGAAUUUCUACAAAAAUUGUCUGAAAUUAUUGAUUUUUGAUUUUAUUAUAUUUUCAAAAUUGUAAAUUGUUAGUGUUUGAGCUAAAAAUCGUUGGAAAUCGAGAACCCUCCCUCUCAAAAAUAACCCAAACUCUCCAAAACUCCUAUUUUCUUCCAGAUGUAUGGUAAAGAAGAAGUUCCAUCGGGCGGAAUUCUUAGUGGUCUCGGCAUCGUCUCUGGUCGUGUUUGUGUCAUCGUCGCCAACGACGCCACAGUCAAAGGUGGAACCUAUUAUCCAAUCACCGUCAAAAAGCAUUUACGUGCUCAAGAAAUCGCGCGCGAAAACCAUCUUCCCUGCAUUUAUUUAGUCGAUUCGGGCGGUGCCAAUUUGCCACGUCAAGCCGAUAUUUUCGCCGAUUCUCAACAUUUCGGUCGCAUUUUCUAUAAUCAAGCAACAAUGUCAUCACAAGGAAUUCCACAAUUAGCUGUAGUUAUGGGAAGUUGUACAGCUGGUGGAGCAUAUGUUCCAGCAAUGUCAGAUCAAGCUAUUAUUGUCAAAGGCACAGGUACCGUAUUCCUCGGUGGACCUCCAUUAGUGAAAGCGGCGACUGGUGAAGAAAUCUCGGCUGAAGAAUUGGGUGGAGCGGAUUUGCAUUGUGGUGAAAGUGGUGUGACGGAUUAUUAUGCGGUGAAUGAUAAACAUGCGUUGUAUUUGGCAAGAAGUUGUAUUGCGGGUUUGGAGCCGAAUCAAGAACAUAUGAGUUUUGAUCCAAAAGCGGAUGAGCCAAUUUAUUCGGCUGAUGAGAUUUAUGGAAUUGUUGGAUCGAAUUUGAAAAAGACGUAUGACGUGAGUGAAUUUUUCUGGGAAUUGGGACUUGUUGUUUUUGCUCGGAUUUUUAAUCUGCGAACAACAUUCGGGUGUGGCUUGAAUCUCCCGCCAAAAUUUAUGUUCAAAAAUCUAGGUUUGUCUGCAGCAAUGCAACAUUUUUCCUUUGAGAAAUUCAAUAACUUAAUCCACGCUCACGAUCUCUAUCUUCUCUUCUCCACUUUCAAAAACCUUCUUUCUCCAGGUUCGCGAAGUGAUUGCUCGAAUCGUCGACGGCUCUCGAUUCCACGAAUUCAAAGAACGCUACGGUGAAACUCUCGUCACCGGAUUCGCCACAAUUUAUGGUCAACGAGUCGGAAUUUUGGCCAAUAAUGGUGUGCUUUUCGCUGAAAGCGCCAUGAAAGGAGCACACUUUAUUGAACUGUGUUGUCAACGAAAAAUUCCGCUACUCUUUUUGCAAAAUAUCACUGGAUUUAUGGUGGGUUUUUGGGAAAAGUUUUGAUGAAAAUUGGAUUUUCACUCAAAAAAUCACGUUUUCAACCAAAAAAUCAUCACAUUCUUUCCAGGUUGGCCGCGACGCGGAAGCUGGCGGAAUUGCGAAACAUGGUGCCAAAUUGGUAACGGCUGUUGCGUGUGCCAAUGUGCCCAAAAUCACAGUACUCAUUGGCGGAUCUUAUGGUGCUGGAAAUUAUGGAAUGUGUGGACGAGGAUAUUCGCCGAGGUGAGAGAAGAGUUUUUGUGGGGAUUCUAGGCCAUUUCUGAGUCAUCUGAUGUUUUCAAGACCGUUUUCACGAUUUUUUUCAGCUAUCUAAAGAACCUAGGCUUUCCAAAAUUUUUUAUUUUUCUCAACUUCCAUUUAUUUUCCCCCAACAUUUCAGACUCCAUAAUUCCAACCAUUUUUCAUUACAGAUACGUAUUCAUGUGGCCAAAUUCUCGAAUUAGUGUAAUGGGAGGUGAACAAGCAGCCAAUGUAUUAUCAACAGUUCAAAAAGAGAAGAAAAAACGAGAAGGAGUCGAAUGGACAGAAAAAGAGGAUCAAGACCUCAGAAAACCGGUCGAAGAGAAAUUCGAGCAAGAAGGACAUCCGUAUUUUGCAUCUGCCAGAUUGUGGGAUGAUGGAGUUAUUGAUCCAAAGGAUACUAGAAAAGUGAGUGAUUUUAAGACGGAUUAGAAUGUGGUGCGAAAUGUAAAAUUAGCCUAACUUUUGAAAUUUUCAUUGAAAAUUGAUCUGUAAAUCUGAGUUUUCAUAAAGUUUAGCUCAAAUUUUGAGAAUCUGAUAAAAAAUUCCCGAACUUGAAGAAAUACGGUUUAUUUUGAAAACUAGAGUACCGAGCGUCAAAAUUUGAAAUUUUGAAAUUUUCCGGACUGCAAAAAUUACUGUAGCUCCGAAGUUCGUUGAAAUUUUCAAUUUUCGAACAAAAAUUUCCUUCUUCCCAAAAACUGAGAUUUUCCCCAAAAUUAUCAUAAUUUUCAAUGAAAACCAACUGAGAAGGAAAGUCUUUUGAUGUUCCCCCCUGAAAUAAAAUGAGACUAGGUGGAAUCAACUACAUAUUGAUAGGUAAGAAAAAGCCCAACGGGAUUAAGGAAAUAAAAAUCUAUUUCAGGAGUUACGGUAACUCCUCAAAUUUUGAGAUAAAAAAGCCUAUGAUUUCAAAAAAUCGUAGUUCGGCUCAAAGUAAACGAAAAUGAUCGGUCAAAAAUGCAUUUUGAUGCUAAAGUGCUCAAUUUUUUAGCUAAAUGGCGCUCGUAAUCUCAAAAAAAUUUUCAAAAUGAAAAUUUUUCAAAAAAUGACCCCUUUCUCAAAAUGUUGAAAUUUCACCUCUAAAACGCUACGAGGGAAGAACGACGUCCGACGCACCGUGUUCUACGUCAAAAAUUACGUAUAUUGACAUAUUUAAAUAUAAUACCUACCGACCUUUUAACCUGGGAAAAAAAUGAUUUCAAAAAUUUUCACACAAAAAAUCAUGUUUUCUCAGAAUAAAAUCAUUUUUUGAAACAGUAAUCAUUAUUUCUUUGUUAUUUUUUUCUCAAAACAUAUUUUCUAAUUGUUUUUCAUCUUUUUGUAUGAUUUCUGAAAAAUUAAAAAAUUUCAGAUUUUAUAUCAUCGAUUUUGGACCACUUCGAAAAUUAAAAAUCAAUUAUAGCUCGAUGAUAGAAGUUAAGGACUUUUUUGUAAGCUUUAACUCAUUCAUUACGUUUUUGCAACUGGGAAAACACUUUCAAUAAUAUAUCUAUCAACGGACAAUUUUAGAGACCUUCGAAAAAAUUUCCAAUUCCCAGAUGAAAAUAAUCGUCUUGAGAAAAAAUGGCAAGAAUUAUUUAAUGAAACAACUUUUAUCGAUAAUUUUUUCGAAGGUCUCUAAAAUUGUCCGUUGAUAGAUAUAUUAUUGAAAGUGUUUUCCCAGUUGCAAAAAACGUAAUGAAUGAGUUAAAGCUUACAAAAAAGUCCUUAACUUCUAUCAUCGAGCUAUAAUUGAUUUUUAAUUUUCGAAGUGGUCCAAAAUCGAUGAUAUAAAAUCUGAAAUUUUUUAAUUUUUCAGAAAUCAUACAAAAAGAUGAAAAACAAUUAGAAAAUAUGUUUUGAGAAAAAAAUAACAAAGAAAUAAUGAUUACUGUUUCAAAAAAAUGAUUUUAUUCUGAGAAAACAUGAUUUUUUGUGUGAAAAUUUUUGAAAUCAUUUUUUUCCCAGGUUAAAAGGUCGGUAGGUAUUAUAUUUAAAUAUGUCAAUAUACGUAAUUUUUGACGUAGAACACGGUGCGUCGGACGUCGUUCUUCCCUCGUAGCGUUUUAGAGGUGAAAUUUCAACAUUUUGAGAAAGGGGUCAUUUUUUGAAAAAUUUUCAUUUUGAAAAAUUUUUGAGAUUACGAGCGCCAUUUAGCUAAAAAAUUGAGCACUUUAGCAUCAAAAUGCAUUUUUGACCGAUCAUUUUCGUUUACUUUGAGCCGAACUACGAUUUUUUGAAAUCAUAGGCUUUUUUUAUCUCAAAAUUUGAGGAGUUACCGUAACUCCUGAAAUAGAUUUUUAUUUCCUUAAUCCCGUUGGGCUUUUUCUUACCUAUCAAUAUGUAGUUGAUUCCACCUAGUCUCAUUUUAUUUCAGGGGGGAACAUCAAAAGACUUUCCUUCUGAAAUCCCAAUUUUACCCUCAAUUUUCAUAUUUUUUGCAGGUUCUUGGUUUGGCAUUCCAAUCAACAUUGCAAAAACCGAUCGAUGACACCAAAUUUGGUGUCUUUAGAAUGUAGAAAUAACAUAGGAUGACUCUUUUUUAAUUUAAUUUUUUCUCUAGAUUUUCUCCAAAGAUUUUCACUUAUUUUACGGUUUUCAUUUUUCUUUUUUAUAAUAAAUUUGAAAUUUUUAAUUAAUUUUUAACUUAAAUUUUUUCAGCGUCUUCUUUCUGGGUGACUUGGGGAAUUUUAAUUAGCAAAAAUUAAUUAGGAAUUAAUUAAUUAAUAAUUUUUUGCAGGGAUUACAAAAGUGAAGUUUAUGCGUUUGGACAUAGAAUUGGAGCACCGGAAAUUGAGCAGAAUUUGAUUGUUAAGGUACGGUCGAUUUUGGGGGGAAACUUGAAAAAUUAUUAUUUUAAGCCUGAAUGUUGUGAAAAUCAACUUCAAAAAGUUCCGAAAAUAAGAUGAUAUACAGAACACUGAAAAUUCAAGAAAAUCUGGAAAUUUUCAAGCUUUGAAUCAAUAACCUGAAAAUUUCUCUGUAAAUAAUUUCUCACCUUAAAAUUUUCAGCCAAAAAUUCAAAGAAAAUAUUUAUCUCUACAAAAUGUUUUCCUACAAAAGUUCCCCUUUAAAAUCAAAUACCUGUAAAUUUCUCUGAAAAUUCAAACCUGUAAAUUUUUAGCCCCUAAAAAAAUUACCCAAAUUUCAGGCUCUCACAAAUGCCUCAUUCUAUCAGCGAGCAGAUGUCGAGGAAAAUGUCGAAAAUGCGCAUCCAUCUGGAAAUUCUACUGAAAUUGGAAAUGAGCACAAUUUGGAGCUCGCCGAGCAAGGUACGAUCUGUAAUUAAUUUUUGAGCGAAAAUACGGCGAGAAAUGAUGGAUGUUAAGCUGAAACAUGAGAAAAAUCUCCAGAAAAUCAAUUUCAAAAACAAAAAAAACUUUUCGUUGUUUGAACUUUUGACAAACACCACGUGCUAUCUUUUUUCCUUCAAUAUUUUUUGCUGUUCUUCUGUUUGUCUACUUUUCUUAUCAAGAAAUAGACCUUUGAACAUUGAUAUUGGAAAAAUAGGGGACUUUCUAUUUAGCUAAAUGAAAAUUUGAAUGCGGCACAGAUUUGGAGGCGGAGCUUUUUUUGAAAAUCCAAGAAUUCGAUCUUAAAAAAAACACAAGUGCAAUUGAUUUUUUGCUCCCGAAAAAAUACGUUUCAAAAAUUUAAUUUAGUUGAAGUAUUCUGAUAUUUUCUGAUAUUUUGAAUAUUUGCAAACACAUAAAUUCCCAAGACAAAUUGAACUGAGCUCCGCCCAUAAGACCAUGCCGCUCUAAUUUCUCAAGUAUUAAAAAAAGACCACGCCCAGAAAAUCAUGCGAUACUCAAAAAAUAAAAAUCAAAUACAAUUCUUUGCAGGUGCUGAAAAUUUGUCGGUUUGGUUGAAACGAUAUUUGCGUUUUCAUUUGACAGCAGCUCCCGAAGAAUUGAUUGAAGCUGUCGAUGCAAAUUUGUUGAACGAUGAAAGUUUGGCUGAAAUUGCACAACAUUUGGGUAAGCAUCUGGGGGUUUUCAGACUGAAAAUCCACGUGGCACAAGAAUUUAGCCACAUCCAUUUUUGACGUCAAAAUUUCACAUUCUAUUAAAAUAGUUUGAAUCUUUUAAAAUUUUGGAACCAAAAACGAGCUAAAAAUCCACGUGGAAUUUAUUUUCAAAAAUAAAUUUUCUGUCUUCCGAAAAAAUUUUCUCAUGCAAAUUUUCAAAAAAAAGAAAGAUAUUUUUGAUCCGAAAUUUCAGAAAAAAAUAAUUUCAAGCUGAAAAUCUGAAGUUUAGCUGAAACUUUCCAUAAUAAUUUCAACUUUUUCAAUUCCCCUGUUUUCUUUUAGGAAUCGAUAAUCUGGUUCGAACCGCCGAAUAUCCUAUUUCUUCAAAAACCUCAGCCAACGCUUUCCGAUCUUUGGCUGCAAUUUUCAGCCCCGAAAAAUGCAAAAAUCUCGUCAUCGACUUCAUUGUUCCACAAAUAAUCGAUAUCGAUUUUGCGGAUAUUUAUCCAUUGGCUGAACCAAUGGAAGUUUUGAGAAAUUUGCGAAAAAAUGUGGAUAUUGAGCCGCGAAUUUUGAGAUCGGCUGGAGAAAUUAGUGCCGAACCACUUUAUGUUGUUGGUAUUUAUGAGGAAAAGAAGAAAUUGAUUGGACAAAGUGAGCAGCUUGUUUUUUUGAAAAAUUGAAUUUUGAGAUUAUCGGAGUUUCGGUCUGAAAAUCUGGAAAUUUCAGAAAAAUCUACGUGGCAAUGUGUUUCCUCGUAAAAUUCUGAAAAUUUUGACACCAAAUUUUCAGCUGAACAUUGUGCCACGUGGAAUAUUUUUGAUAACAAAAAAACCUAAUUUUUCUUCCAGGCGCCGGUGAAACGUUGAGCAUUGCUCAGGAUAUGGCGGCACGCGACGCAUUGCUCAGAUUAUGGGAAAUCACAUCGGAUCGAGUGCUGUUUUUCGGCGAUCGAGCAGCAAAAGUUGAACUUGAGAAAUAUGAUGAAGAACAUUAUCGAUUGGCUGAAAAAUGUGAUGAGGGGUGAGAUUUUGAAGGGUGCAACAUUGGGAAAAGAUUGAAAAUUCAAAUUAGAAAUUAACGCUUAUCUUUCAGUUAAUUUCUCAGAAAAUAGUUGUUUUUUCUAAAUUUUGUAGCUAGAAAAAUUCCUUCCAAAAAAUUGCAUAAAAUGGCAUUUUUUUCAUUAUAUCAAUGAAAGCUGACCACAAGAAUUCAAAUUUGUCAUCCAAAAUAAAAUUCUCAAAAUCUGAUUAUUUUCAGCACAAAUCUAUCAUUAUCAUCUCCCGAAUUGGAAACUGGCCAAAAUCUGAUCGAAACAGUAUUGAGAUAUCGACAGGAAAUUGAUCAACAAAUUGGAAAAAGCUAUACAAAACGACUUCGACACAAAUUCUCGAGAGGAAGUUUGGCAAAACGAUCAUUUAGAUAUUUGGUCAAACCAAAACCUUUCACUGUUUCAUAA